AUGCAAGGAAGACUUUCGUUAUCGCAGGAGCCCCUGGGCUCUCUGGCGGCCGCAGCUGCCGACCUCCUUCAAGCACACGGUCUCUGCCCUCUCGUCUCCUCGCCGCUUACUCUGAACUGCUUCCAUUCUUCUUCUUCUUCUUCUUCUUCUUCUUCUUCUUCUUCUUCUUCUUCUUCUUCUCUCUGUGAAGAUUCAGGCGCGCCCAUCACUGCGUUUUUUUCGCAAGGUCGAGCCCCGUUGCCAGGCGGAGAGCGAGGGAUCUUCUUGUCCUCGUCUGUCGCGGAUUCUGCGGCGGCUAUCCAAAGUGACGCUUCGCCUGCUCCGUGGACAGCGCUCGAUGUGCCGAGCUGCGUGCGACACCAACAUUCAAAUCCCACCCAUCGUCUCUCUUCGCUUCCUCUCUCUUCGUCGUCUCCUUGUUCGCCUGCCUCGCCUCUCUCUUCUUCCGGUGGCUUGCCGGUCAUAUGUCCCUGCUGCAGCGGUCGCAGAGCAGAGAGAAAGGAGCAGGCGCACAAGUCGCUCUCCGCGCUCUUCUUCUGCCAAGAUGCAGAGCAGACCAACGACAGCCGCGUCGGCAGGUCCCGAACCUCGGCGCUGAGAGAAGCGCCUGGAGGAGAGUCGGCUCCGCUGCCACCGGCCUUCGAAGGAGACCCCGAGAGAGGAAGAGAGGGAGAAAGAGAGAGAGGCGGUGGCCGUGUCGCUUGGCGUUCUUGUGGAUAUCCGGAAGAGGAACGAGUCUUCUUCUUUGCGGCAUACAGACCCGGGAGUGACUGCAUUGUUUGCUGUGUAUGGGCGAAGCAGCGAUCCGAGGCAAAAGGCUGUUGCUGCAAACGGCGCAACGCUUUGGAGGCCGUGACUCUUCUGGACAGUGCGCUGGAAGAGGCAGAAGAGCAGGAAGAAGAGGAACGAGAGGAAGAAGACUCGGCAAAAGGCAUCGCCGAAGCAACAGAAACUGUGGCAGACCAGCGUCUGUCAGAGAGACGCCCUGCCGACUCUCAGGCCUUUUCGCCUUCUCUUCCAGACUCGUGGUGCAGUGGACGGGCCGAACGCAGGUGUACAUACACCCGAGAAGCAGGAAGCCCCGAGGCUGAGGCAGGACCGGAAGCGGAGAGACAGAGAGAAGGAGAACGAGGAGAAGAGACAGAAGCCAGAGACGAGAGAGGAGUCUGCAGCGAAGAAGGAAGAACGGGCAGAAGAAAAGAAGGAAGAGGAGAACGGGUCGCAGACGCGACGGCCGCUUGCUCCCAGGAGGGAUCUUGUUGCACGCACCACAUGCAGGAACAGCGGUGGAGUCUGCGACUCGAGGAGAAACAGAGAGAGGAACGCGUCUCUGCGUUGCUUUGGGUACCCGUUCUCCAGAACGCUUCGCCUCACCUUCUCGUCGGUUUCAGCAGCGGCCGCAUCUGUGCUUACUCCGCGGCGGGUGAAAUGUACCUCUCUUUUCGGUGGCUUUCUCGUCCUGUCGUCUCCUUGGUUCUCCUCGAACCCUCCGUCUCCCUUUCCUCCUGUCCAACGUCAACAGAUCUUUCCUUCUCGACUUCCUCUUCUUCCUCUUCUUCCUCUUCUUCUUUUUCGUUUGUGUCUGUCGAGCCUUGGAGCGUGUCUCCACACAUUGGGGGAGUCGGGCGAGAGGCGAGAGCAAGUCCGAGCUCCUCUUCAGAACGCCCUCAGCCGCGACCGCGCGUCGCAGCUGCCCUUUUUGCGUCCUGCGAAGGCGCAAGUGUGGCGCUCUUCACCGCGGGCGAUCUGCGGCUCUCGUCUCUUUCAGCGCCUCGCGUUUUUCCUCCGUCGCCGCAUGCAGACGGGAGGCAGCAAGACAGAGAAGGAGAGAGGACGAGAGAGCGGAGAAAGGACGUGGAAAGGAGGGACCGUGCAGCUGGUUCGAGUGUGAACAGCACUGUGAACCACAUCUUGAUGAGGUAA